UCGUUCAGUUUCCGGUUUGAACAAAUGAUACUUUUCGUUCUUCACGGUGACAAAAUAUUCUUCGGAGGGGGGAGCCAUAAUUUCUUGGUUUUAAUUAAUUCGGUUUAACUAAGCUGUAAUAGCCCGUAUAAUCUCUUUACCAUAACCUAUGAGUGUAGAGUCUUGUCGCGUUUGAGCGUCUUUGAUAAAGCUUUCUGUUUUUGACUGUUAAACCGGCGGUGACUGGUUCGAACUGGCCCAGUGAGUCUGCGCACUGAGUGUAAACAGGAAGAGAAAAAAUUAGGCUGUUAACGGGAACGGGACGCGAGAUUUAAUCGGUUGCGACUGUUUUUAGUAAUCAACUAAUUUCGAAUUCUGUGCACGAAGGAUUAUUUAUCCGUGCAGGCAUAUUUGUUAAGAAAUAUGUGUCCUGCAGCAGAACAGUGACAAUAACGUCUGCUCGAGGAAAGCGCUAUCUAACGUUAAUCUUCAGUUGCCUGGCUAGCUAGCAGCUCUGAGAGGAUUUUGACGCUGAGGUAUAUCUUGUUAGCUGCAUGGCUACAUAAACAGAUGCAUGAGUGGGAAAUACAGACUUUUCGCUGAAAAGCUACUUUAUAAAUAGUGCUUACUUGUCAUUGCGACAAUACGCUUAAAAUCCGUAUCCUCCAAGCUGGCUAACGUGCUAUUUAGCGAGCUAAGUUACUGCGCUGAGCCACUUCUCAGAAAGACGAACGCUUCAGCAUUAGUGACAUUUUAUUAACCUGCAUUAACCGAUUCUGGAAAUGGUUCAGAAAGAUAAAAUAGUGGAAUUGUCCCAGUCGGACCCUGAGCCGUGUCCUGCAGGGACAGAGGUCGGUGUGGUGGAUGUCCAGAGCUCAGUGGAAGAGCACAGUGUUGUGGCUGAGAGAACAGGCCGCAGGAAAUUCAUCAGCGGUGUUGUUGAGGGCUUUUAUGGUCGACCAUGGACAAUGGAACAAAGAAAAGAGCUGUUUAGGAGACAGCAGAAAUGGGGUUUGAACACGUAUCUGUAUGCACCUAAAGACGACUACAAACAUAGAAUGUUCUGGAGAGAGAUGUACUCUGUGGAGGAAGCGGAGCAACUUAUGAUACUGAUAAGUUCUGCAAAAGAGCAUGGAAUUGAGUUCAUUUACGCCAUAUCACCUGGCCUGGAUAUAACCUUCUCAAACCAGAAGGAGGUCUCUACACUGAAAAGAAAGUUAGACCAAGUCUCUCAUUUUGGGUGCAAGUCCUUUGCUCUACUUUUUGAUGACAUUGAUCACAACAUGUGUCCGGCCGACAAAGAAGUAUUUAGCUCAUUUGCACAUGCACAAGUUUCUAUUACCAAUGAGAUCUACCAGUAUCUGGGAGAGCCUGAAAUAUUUUUGUUUUGCCCCACAGAAUACUGUGGAACGUUUUGCUACCCAAACGUGGCCCAGUCGCCUUACCUGCGUACCGUUGGUGAAAAACUGCUGCCUGGCAUUGACAUUUUGUGGACAGGUCCAAAAGUAGUUUCUAAAGACAUAACUGUAGAGUCUAUUGAAGAGGUGACAAAGAUCUUGAGGAGACCUCCUGUAAUCUGGGACAAUAUUCAUGCCAAUGACUAUGAUCAGAAGCGUUUGUUCCUUGGUCCUUAUAAAGGCAGGUCCACUGAAUUGAUCCCCCGGCUAAAAGGAGUCCUCACCAACCCAAACUGUGAAUUUGAGACCAACUUUGUAGCAAUUCACACAUUAGCAACGUGGUAUAAGUCUAAUAUGAAUGGAGUGAGAAAGGAUGUCGUCAUGACGGACAGUGAAGACAGCACAGUGUCCAUUCAGAUAAAGUUGGAGAAUGAGGGAAGUGAUGAGGAGCUGGAGACAGACAUUCUUUACAGUCCACAGAUUGCCCUUAAGCUGGCUCUUACUGAGUGGCUCAGCGAGUUUGGAGUGCCUCAUCAGUACAAUAGCCGUCAGGGAGCUCACAGUGGCCCGAAGAGUGCCUCCACCGAUGUGCCCUCAAUGACUGCACCCUCUCUAGGAUCCUCCACUACAGUAACCACAGUUUUUCAACAGCCCAUCAUGAGCCCUGCUGCUCCCCUUACUGAGGAACCACACACACUGCACAAAGAGGAGGAGGAGGAGGUGGAGGUGGAAGUAGAGAAGAAGGAUUCAGAUGAGGAGCCCAUGGAGAUGGUGUUAGAGAAACAAGAUGAAGUCGAGGAUGCCAAGAAUGUCAAUCAGAUCCUCACAAAAAUUGUUAAAGCUGCCAUGACUGAGGAUCUCAAACCUAUGGACACUGAUAAGGAGAGUAUAUCAAAGACUCCAGAGAUGUCCGUUCAGGAGGACUCCAGCAGUGACAUUGCACCCAUGCAGACUGACGAGCAGCUGAAUAAAGAUAUGUUUGUUCCAGGACCCGACGAGAAACCGCUGUACACAGCCGAGGCACUCACACUGGAUGACCUGUCUCUGCUUGCAGAACUGUUCUACUUGCCAUAUGAACACGGUCCUAAAUCAGUGCAAAUGCUCAAAGAAUUCAACUGGCUCCGGGCUAACACCAGCAUUGUUAGUGUGAACUCCAAAUGCAAGGACUCAGAGAAAGUGACUGAAUGGCACACCAGAGCAGAAAAUUUCGAGGAGAUGUGUUGCGCCGUCAUGCAGAUGUUCACCAGACUCUCCAACUCAGCCAAUCGAACCAUUUUGUAUGAUUUGUAUCCCUAUAUCUGGGAUAUAAAGAGUAUCAUCUCUAUGGUGAAAUCAUUUGUCCAGUGGUUAGAUGGAAGAAUCCUCAGCACAAGUUUCUACUGCUAUUGGAUCGACAGUGGACUAUGGUGUCGUAGUCAGUCCUCAGCACAGUUCUUAAGUGGAGACCAAGAGCCCUGGGCCUUUAGGGGCGGUCUAGCGGGAGAGUUCCAGCGACUGUUGCCAAUAGAUGGGGCAAACGACCUUUUCUUUCAGCCACCACCAUCAAUGCCAACUUCCAAAAUCUAUUCCAUAAGGCCUUACUUUUCUAAAGAUGAAGCUGCUGUCUACAAGAUCUGCAGGGAAAUGUACACAGAGGGAUGUGAGGGUAUUCCUUUUCCUGACCAGGAACCAGACCUGAUUGGGGACAGGUUAGUGGGAGGGUUUUUGACACUCAGCCCAGACUACGGCUUUGUCCUGGAGGAUGAGGAGGGGAUCUGCGGCUAUGCCUUGGGCACCGUGGACGUCAAGCCCUUUGUCAAGAAAUGCAAGCUGAGCUGGAUUCCAUUCAUGCAGGAAAAGUACAACAAACCUGACUCCGAGAAGGAUCUGUCUGAGGCAGAGAAAAUGAUGCUAAGCUUUCAUGAGGAAGAGGAAGGAUUGCCAGACUCAUUCCUUAGUAACUUCCCCUCGCUCAUAAAGGUGGACAUUCAUGCCAAAGUGACUGACCCCAGUGUAGCCAAAAGCAUGAUGGGCUGUCUCCUUUCAUCCUUGAAAGCCAAUGGCUCCCAUGGUGCCUUUUGUGAGGUCCGGCAAAUUGAUAAACGGAUGUUGGACUUCUAUGGCAAACUUGGCUGCUUCGAAGUAGCUAAAAUGGAGGGCUUUCCAAAAGAUGUGAUCAUAAUGGGAAGGAGCUUGUGAAAGGGAGCCAUGUGGAAGCCUAGUGCCCUUGAAAGAACUUGUACAAAGCUACAGUGGUCUGCAUGGAAGACCGGGAGUGUGUCUUAAUACCCAUUACAAUGUUCACAUUGGUACCUUUUGGUUGCACUAAUUGCAGCCUAGUUUAUUUCUAUAAAGUGUGCUCUUCAGAAAAAUCUGAAAGCAUUUAAGGUGCAUCUGAUGGAUGGUUGGUAUGCUUUGCAAAUCAGAAGGGGUGUGUCUUUUUUUUUUUUUUAAUUUUUUUUUUUAAAUAAAUAAAUAAAUACAUGAGACCCUCUUCUGGUCUAAAAAAAACAGCUUGAGCUGGCCCGAUGCCAUUUAGCCCAUUACACAUGUGGAUGGUUACAUUCAAGACAUAUUCAGUAUAUUACAGGUUUCAGUGAGUGUAUUUAGGUGCAGCACAAUCGGCAGAUUAAAGCUCCCACUGCACUAUUGAGCAGAGUUAAUUUUCCAUGUCUUUUUACUCUUAUUUUCAAAGCUUGAGUGACUAUUCAGCAGUACUCUAGAAGUUAAGCAGCUCCAUUUUUGCUCCAUUUUUUCCCAGUCACAGAAUGUUAUUGCAGCGUUAGAAUUUUCACAGCAUCUUUGGAUGUUCUCAAAGCAGUAAUUCAUUGUGCUUUAAGUCAUUCAUCAGAACUGCUAGGAAUGCACAUAUAAGGAACUUGUAUGUCCUUAGAGCUGCAUGGACAUUACUUUUUUGCUUAAGUGCAAGGCAUGUGUAUCUUACUGAUACCGCUGUGUUUUGGUCUGUUGAUUUCAUCAGUGUUUAGCAGAAUUUUACCCCCCUUUUGAGAUUUUUAUUUAUUUAUUUUUUUGUUCACAUACAUGAUCGGAGAUUAUGCCAGUUAUGUAUUUAUAAACUCCAGUCUCAACAAGAAUGUGAAUAUUCCCAACUAAAAGUAUGUGACUAAAAGAGUCUACUCUAAAACAUUUGUAUAAUAGGCAGUGAUAUUAAUAAUAAUCUAAAGCGGUCUGAAAAGACAGCCACAUUUGUGAUAUUUUUGACAGAUGAUUCUAGUUGCUUGCAAGUCAAUGCCUAAGGUAUUAAAACAAAAUUUCAGCUAUAAAGGAGACUGGGGCAGCGUUCAGACAAUGUGUUUUUGUUUUUGUUUUAUACUUAUCAGAUUAACAUUUGGUUUAUUAGUAGCAAGGACUCACAUCUUAGUUUUUUCUGAUUUGAGCCAAUUCCAUAUACAUGGUAUAUCUCUGAUAAAUAAUAGACUAUCUCAAUUCAGAUUGAGUAUAGUAAUAUCUGAUAUGACCUUUGAUUUGUGCUUUCUUACAACAUUUCCCCAAAUGUCUUGAAUAGUGCUUUGUUUUUCCUUGGUUUACUUCAAUGUUCGGUUUAAGGAGGUUGAGAUUACAUUCAAGUGGAAAGGGUUUCAUUUGAAGGUAUAAAUGCAUUUAAAAAAUUUCAGUACUUCAAGUUGUAACUAUCAAUAUGUAUGUAAUAUAGUUGUACUUUCUGUAAGGUUUGUAUGUAAUUAAGAUGGUUAGUUACAAUAAAGUAUGUUAAAAAAAAAAAAAAAA